UGCUGUCCAUCUCUCUCGUUCUCUCUUUCGAGUGUGAAGCACAAGUUUUCAUGAGGACCUCUUAGAUUCUGACGGUAGAUGGACAAUUAGGAAAGGCACUGUGCAAACCGAGAGAUGUGGACUUGGUGAUUACAUCCCAACGACAAAUUAAUGUCUUUUUCUUUGCCUAGGCAUUAUGGGCGGCACCACGCGCUGUCUGUGCCAAAGCUUUCGGGACGACCUGCCCCGCCGGCCCGUGAAACGCCUGGAGAUCCUCCCGCCGUCCAACUCCUGCGACCAGAUGGAGAUCAUUCUGCACCUGCGCAGUGGAACCCGGUUCUGUCUGAACCCAGAGGCAGAGAAGAUCAUCGAGGUGCUGAAAAAGCUCAGAUCGAAGAGAGCCGCUUCUCAGAAGCCAUGACAACCCUCCGAUCAGACUCCUUCCUAAGCUAGUCUCCUCCUACUCUGAACUGCAACUUCCUGCUUCCUAUAGCAUAUAUAAAUAUGUACAUUGUAAAUGUAUUGUUGCUUAUUUUUAAUUUA